AUGAUUUUAGAACUAUCAAAUUUAUUAUUAAAAAAGAUAGUUAGAGAGUUGGAAGAUGACUUGGAUAGAUUGUGUCUCAGUUUGGUUUGCAAACGUUUGUUUUAUCAAAGAGAUAAUUACUUAUCAUUCAAUUGCAAAACUUUAUUAUAUAUUAAUAAAGAUCAACUAGACAAUCAAAAGAAUAAACUAUUUACAUUGAAGUCAUACGUCGAACAAUUUUUAACAUCAUUAAAUGCUAAACAAGAUUUCAGUUUAUUGGUUUGUAGUCAAAGAUUCGUUGAUAGUUUGAAUGUUUCUUCCAAAAAUUAUUACUUUGAUGAUUUCACAAGUAAAGAUCAUUUUAUCAAUCAAACAUAUGAUAAGUCGAUUAAAAAAGUUUUGUUUGAUGGAUCGUUUGAAAUUGAUGAGCAAAUCAAUGAUAAACUUAUCGAGCUGAAUGUCGAUACAAUCGAAUUCAAGAAGCUGACUACAAACAACUCAAGAUUGCCGACGACUAUUAAAGAAAUCAGAUUGGCUGUGGAGAAAUUUGGUGUCAUGGCUGUUGCAGAUUCGCUGUUACCGUUGGAACUUGAGCGGCUAGAGUUUACCGGAUCAAGUGAUGGCAUUUUUGAUCCCUUUUGGCAGACAUACGCGAUAUCACUCGAUGUUUCGAAACUACCGCGAACUCUCAUAUCGCUUAAUCUCAACUGUUACUUUGUUGGUGAUUCCGUCGACAUGUCGUCUUUCCCGCCUAAUCUAGAGGAAUUGGUGAUCUAUAACGAUAAAGUACAAUCGGAUCAAACACAGCUACCAUCGACAUUGAGAGACGUUGCGAUUUCAAACAGUUGGCUGCAGAACAUUAAACAUCUGGCAUCGUUAGAGUCACUGAAAUUGAUUACCUAUGAUGGCUUCAAAUUGAAAUCCGGCGAUAUCCCAGCGAGUGUCACUCACCUUACUCUUCACAGAAAUGAAUAUGAUGAAGCUCUAACGAUUUCUUCCGACCACCUUCCAAAGAGUAUCAAAUACCUUAAACUAGAACAUCGACAUCGUUUGAAAAACAUGAAUUUCUCCGCAUUUGAACAAUUGAAAACAUUGGAUCUAUCGAUGCUAAAUGAUGAUGAGGAUGACAUUGAUAGUAGUGACGACGACGACUAUCAACCCAACAGCUACUUCACAGCUGAUAGCAGUGAUGAUGAUUCCGCCGAUGAUGACGACAAAGAUUAUGACAAUUUUGAAAUUGGAGAACUUCCAUCGAGUCUAAUCAAUCUUUAUCUACCAAGAUAUUUCAAUCGAUCUAUCAGAGAUAACUUGGUGCUACCUGCUAGCUUGCAAUUUUUGUCGUUAGGAGAGAAUUUCAGUCAACCUCUUAUUGGACUACCAGAUACAAUCAAGUCGAUUGUUCUCAGUGAAUGGGUAUAUUUAACAAAAGACUCUAUUCCCAAUUCUGUGGAAACUAUCGAUUUUCGAUCCUAUUCCUCUGCAAUGGAUAACCUCUGGCCAGCAAAUGUUACGUCUAUUAUCGUUUCAUCGUCAUUCUUUACUUCCAACACUUUGAAAUCUUUACCAAAGUCAAUCAAUUCGAUAACAAUCGAUAGAUCUCAAUAUAGACUGAGAAGAAUAUCGGAAACAUCUUUUUUGGUUUUUGGUAGUGAUCCAACAUUCAGAAUGGAAGAGAUAAAGAGAUAUAAUGUACAGUAUACACAUCAAAAACAAAAGAAAGCGAAACUAUGGAGUGAUGGUUACAUCAAAGUCAAUGGCAGAAAAGUGAUUCUCUGCGAGUUGGACACCAACAAGAAUAUAGAUUCAAAGUUUAUAUCGGCUUCAAUGAUCUUUGAAGAGGAUGCAGAGUUUGAAACCGAUGGUUUUCUAAUAAGAAUAACAGAGAUCGUUAAUAAUAGUGCUACCACUACUACUACUAAUAGUAAUAAUAAUAAUAAUAUUAUUAAUAAUAAAAGUAAUAAUAAGAUAACAAAUAAGAAAACAUCAAUUGUAAAGAAGAAAUCUUUUAGUGUUCCAGUAAAGGCACCACCAACACAAGAACUUCAGUCAACUCAAGAAGUUAUAGCAGCCAAUAGUGAUUACAACAAUGAUCAGGAACCAGACACAUCUUCGAAUGAAGCUAUAGAAGUAUUUACAUAUCAACAACCCCAGGCAAAAAUGGCUUUAAUACAGCCAAUAAAAAAUCAACAACAGCAACAGCAACAGCAACAGCAACAACAAAAACAAAAACAACAGAAAUCACGCGACCACUAUUAUUACCUAGACAACAUACCACCAGUACAACAUAUAAAACCUACAAUACGACCAAUACAACCAAUACAACCAACACCGACACAGUCAUCACAAGUAAAACAACAAAUACAACAACCAAAUAAAUCAAUACAAACUAAUAAUAAUAAUAAUAAUAAUAUCAAACAACAAGAAAAGAAGAGUUUUUUUAAUAUACUUGCUUCAGUGUCUAGAGAUGACGAUGAUGCUUAUCUAUUUGAUGACGAUGAAGAUCUUAGUAUGUUAAAUGAAAAUGUAAAUAAUGAUAAUAAUAGUAGUGAUGAUUUGUAUUUAAUAGAUAACAACAACAAUAGCAACAACCAUGUAGAUAGUUUUAGCGAAGAUAUAAACAACAACAACAACAACAACAAUGUAAAUAAUGAUAUACAAGAUGAUAACUUUGAAUUCGAUUUUAAUGAUAAUCAUAAUAAUACAAACAACACAGCAUUAGAAAUAGAACAGCAUUUAUCACAUAAUGAAUCUAAUGAUUCAUUUGAAAUUACCGACACUCCUAACAUUAAUAAUAGCAUAAAUAAGACCAAUAAAUUAAAACCAAUAAGUAAAACAACUUCAUUUCAAUCACCAACCAAUAUAGAAUCUACAGCAAUAGUUAAUAAUACAACAGCAGCAAUAUCAACAAAAACAAACAAACUAAGUGAAAAGAGAAAGAAAUGGAAUUCACUACAUAAACCAGAUUUGAAUAACAACAACAAUAAUAAUAAUAAUAGUAUGUCUGUAGAUAGUAAAAGUAAAUCAUUGAAGAACAAUAGAUUCUCAUCACCUGGUAGUGGUGUUACUCAACAGAAAUCAAUCAGUUGGAGACACAACGAUAUUGUAUUUCCAGAUGCAAAGACCUCAGAGAUUAUCUACAGCAACAUCAUGGAGCGAUUCACAUCGAUACCUUAUCGAUUCGAAACAACAGAGUCCUACCAACUGAUAUUCUGCGAGGCAAUUCAAGAGGAUCUGAACAUCAAGCUAAUGGAACUUGCAAAUAAUCUAUAUCAAUCUUGUAUUAAUUUAAAUGAUUCAUCAAGUAAUCCGAAAUGUAAACAUGGACCAACAGUGAGAUUGAUUACAAAGAAAGGACCAAACAAAGGAAAAGAAUACUUUAAGUGUGCUGCCAAGAGAGACAACUGUAAAUUCUUUAGGUUCCUUGAGGAUGCUGAAACAAAGAAUCAACCAAUUAUUGAUAAUAGAUCUGUAUCAAUACCAUCUGAUAAAUUAACGUAUGAAACCGAACAAAUGUUUCAAUAUAGAGGAAUAUCAUUAUAUACUGAAGCUAAUUUAUAUAUAAAAGAAGAAAGAGAUAUAAAUAAUAAUAAUAAUAAUAACAAUAAUAAUAAUAAUAAUAAUAGUAGUCAAUAUAAUAAUAAUAAUAAUAACAAUAAUAGUCAAUAUCAUAGUAAUAACAAUAGUCAAUAUAAUAGUCAACAAAAAACACAACAAGGAGAACCAAAGUUGAUUUAUUUAUUAAAGUUUAUAAAGAGAAAAGAAGAUUAUGCAAAAGAUGAUAUUUGGAUUCUUAGUACAACAAAUAACUUUACAAGUAGUGCUAUUCUAAUGAGAAGUGUAUCACAUGGACCUUCUCAAAGUGGAAUGAUCGAAUUGAAACCGAUUAGCGAUGUAUCCAACAUGUCACUGACCAGUAAGAAAGUAAUAGCAAUACGUGCAAUCAAUGCAUCAACUGAAUUAUCAAUGAUAGAUAAUAUAAAAUCAACACCAAUCGAUACAUUACCAAUUGGUAGUUAUUUAAUGGAUCCGAAAUUAGAGUUGACAUCGAAUCAAGAUACCUAUGACAAGUUCUUUAUUAAUAUGACAAUGAAAGAAGGAACCGAUCUUGCCAAUGAGUAUAUCGACAAGUACCAGUUGAAUGAACAUCAGUCGCGUGUCUUAUUAGACUGUCUGGCGUGGUUUAACUUUGUAGAUUCCGAGAUGGAGAAUUUUACUCUACCAGUGUUGUUGGUUCAUGAUCAUCUCUGUGAGCUCGGUGAGAAUGAUCUCAUUCGUAUCAUGGUUUCUUCGCUUACCAACGUAGCAGUUGACCGUGUACUACUGGGUUUGAUACAAUACGGUUAUAACAACUUCAAUCGAAUCGGUAGUAUCAAGAAGAUUGCCAAACCAAUUCUACUCUAUCUAUUGAAGAAUAGAAAGGUUGGAUCGAACGGUGGUGGUGGUGGAGGUCCUGGUGGUUCCAUCGAUCUCGACGAAGAGGCAAUCAAAGAUUUGAAAUCAUUUCUAAAGACUUCCAAUCUCUCCAAAGAGGAAAGAGACAUCAUCGACGACACAAUCAAGCAAAUGGAUAACGGUACAUAUAGUAGUUCAUCAAAGAAAGAAGAUAUAAAGAAAGCAAGAGUUGUUGGUGUAACAUGUAAUUCAUCAUUAUUUUCAAGUUUAAAUGAUUGUGAAUUUCCAAUUCUAUUCCUUGAUGAGUGUAGUCAGAUGCAAGAACCACUCAGUCUAUUACCAAUUUUCAGAAGUAAAUGUCAUAAACUGUUGGCUGUCGGUGAUCCAAUGCAACUUGAACCGACCAUUCAGGCGAAAGCGUCAAGAAAACUUGUAGAUGAAGGUGGUGGACUUGAGAAAACACUCUUUGUAAGAUUAUCUGCUUAUGUCAAACCAACUAUAUUAAGCAUACAAUAUAGAUGUCAUCCAGAUAUAAGUAAACUUUCAAACAAUUUGUUUUAUAAAGGGUAUUUACAAGAUGGUAUUUUGGCAGAACACAGACCACCAUUAGUUAAAAGUUUGAAACCGAUUGUAUUUAUUGAAUCCGACGGAAGUGUAGAAGCUUUGAAUAAUUUUGGUAGUUAUUACAAUGAUAAGGAGAUCAGUAUUGUUAUGCGUAUAAUUGAUAUACUUAGGAAUGAAGGUAUACAAGAGAGACAAAUAGGUGUUAUUUGUUUAUAUAAAGCACAAGCUGAAAAGAUAACAGUAUUAUAUAAAGAACAAUUGGCAAAGAAAAAGUUACAACAACAAAAAGCACAACAACAACAGAAACAAAGAUCAAUAUUAAAUGAUGAUCCAAUUGUUGAUGAUUUCGAUAUGCUGGAUCGAGAUAAUGAGAGGUUGGAGGAGAAUGACUUUGACUUGUCAGAGGAGAACGAGCUCGACGAUGAGGCAGAGGAAGAAGAUAGUACAGGUGGUAAAAAGAGAGAUGAUGAAAUCAAGAUAAGUACAGUCGAUGCUUUUCAAGGUGCAGAAAGAGAUAUCAUCAUUCUAAGUUGCUCGAGAACAACCUCUGCUGGUGGAUUCAUUGAUAAUCACCAGAGAUUGAAUGUAGCCAUUACAAGAGCGAAAAAUCAUUUUAUCAUUGUUGGAAAGAAAUCCGCUCUAGUUUCAAACGAGACGUGGAAAACUAUUAUCAGCUCUGCUACAACUUUUAAAUCUGGAAACGACAUACUAUUACAUAGUUCCUUUUAA